AUGGCCUCCUCCAGGAAGGCCUUAAAUCAUGAACUUUCUAAGCUUUUCAAUGAGAUGUGGGAUGCAGAUGUUCACCGCCUUAGGCCUGGGAAAGACUACACAAUUGAUGUGCAGGGAAAAGCAGGUCCAGCACAGCAAGGGGACAGGGCUGUCCAGGACAACGCAGCCAGACAUCUGUUUCACAAUGUAAACGAAGAACACCUGAGGAGCAUAAAAACUUUUGCAACCUUUAUUUCCUUAUUGGACAACUAUGAGACAUCAACUGGUGUAGCAGAAGUAGUGACUCCAGAAGAAAUAGUUGAAAACAACUGUUUCCUUGAUGCUAUCUUAGCAACAGAAGUCAUGAGACUAGCUCAUGACUAUCUGCUAAAAAAAAACCUAGCAAGGCCAAACCUUGCAGAUUUCAAACAUCAGCUUUAUGACAUCUGGUUCCAGCUCUAUGCCAGGAGAGGAGGAGACAGACCUGAUUCUUGUGGUUUUGAACAUGUUUUUGUUGGAGAAACAAGGCAUGGUAAAGAGAUCUUAGGUUUGCACAACUGGGUGCAGUUUUACCUUCAGGAAAAGCGCAACCAGAUUGAUUACAAGGGAUACAUAGCUCAGAAGAACAAAACCAGGCCUGAUAAAGAUGACCAAGUUUUGAGCAUCCAGUUCAGCUGGAAGGGCUCGGUCAAGCCAGUCGGAAGUACCUUUAUUGGUGUCAGCCCGGAGUUUGAAUUUGCCCUUUACACAGUCAUUUUCCUGCUGUCUGAAGAAAGAGUCACACGUGAAACAGUGAAGAUAGAUGAGUACGAGCUACAGGUGGUUGUCUGGCGCCAUGGGCAGCACAUUGGAACAGCAUAUCCAGUACUGCUCAGCACCACUAGUGAAGAUUAGUGGAGCGAGCAGGAAACUUCUUUUUUUUUAAUUGAGGGAAAGGAGGAGUGUGGAGAGAGGAGGAAUGGAUGGGGGGUGGACAGGACCAGACAGCAAAGUUAAUAUGUUGUUUUAUACAACUCAUUUCAAGUAAAAAUUGAUGACUCUGUCUC